GCGACCCGAUGUCACGUGCUGCGAGAGUUCUGAUGCCUAUUCCUGGAUAGACUGCAAAGAGUCACAAUUGUCAACACAGUAACGUAGUUAGAGAAGCGUGCUUAGGAAUGGCGGGGCACGGCCACGGUCAUGGCCAUGCUUGUGAGUGCAGAGGAGAGCAUGAGCCGUCUGACAGAGGCGUUGAGUAUGGGCUGUACAGGAAAAUAGAUUUGGAAAAGCUGCAGUGUUUGAACGAGAGUCGUGACGGGGACGGCAAACUCGUCUUUAAGCCUUGGGAGGAACGCACUAAUCGGGAGAAGUUUGUGGAAAGUGAUGCUGACGAAGAACUUCUGUUCAACAUUCCGUUUAUCGGCAGUGUGAAGCUAAAGGGAAUUAUUGUGAUUGGGGAUGAUGAUGAGAGCCAUCCAUCUGAAUUACGACUAUUCAAAAACAUCCCUUGCAUGUCAUUUGAUGAUGCAGUGCGAGAGCCAGAUCAGGCAUUUCGGUUGAACCGUGAUGUUUUGGGAGAGUUGGAGUAUCCAGUGAAGAUUGCUCGCUUCUCUAAUGUCAAUCAUCUUUCAAUUCAUAUCUCGAAGAACUUUGGAAGCAGUACUACACGGGUAUACUAUAUUGGACUACGCGGAGAGUUCACAGAGGCUCACAGACAUGAGGUUACCAUCUGUACUUAUGAGGCUAAUGCCAAUCCUGCUGACCACAAAAUAGAUGUCUUCACUCCUCAAACUCAGUUUAUAUCCUGAUACAGGACAGUAAGCAUCCAAGAGCUUCUAAUGGGAUUUAGGCUGGUCAUGGUGGACUCAUUGUAUGAAUAAUAAAAAUAUGUACAGUUUGAUAAGUCA